CAAGAAUACGCACACACACACACACACACACGCACACACACACACACACCACCGAGUGAGCUGCUCUGGAGUAAACGCAGAGUCGGACGCACACAGCCUUCACUCGACACCGCGGACAUGUUCCUGCGUUCCGGUUUCCUUUAACAGUUCGCUGGCUGUUGUGUGCGGGUGCGUGCGGGAUGGAGAAGUGCGGUGCGUCUCGCUGUGGCAGCGCUAAUAAGCGCAGCGUGUCGGUGGAGCGCGGAAGGAGAGCAGCGGCGAGCGGAGCGCAAGCGCGGCCCGGACCUCCAGCGCCACAGAGCUGCAGCGGGAAAGCGGAGCAACACCUCCGGAGAGGACUGGAGGGAAUCCUCAACAAAUACACCAAUCUAUUGCAAGGAUGGCAACACAGGUAUUUUGUUCUGGACCCUGAGCUUGGUCAACUGCAAUACUUUCUAAACGAACAAAGUAAGAGCCAGAAACCACGGGGGUCCUUGCCUCUGAUUGGCUCUUCUGUGGCCCCCAGUGAUGAGUUUCCAUUUAUGUUCACAGUCUAUGCUGUUAAUGGAGAGCUCUUUAAGCUGAGAGCUUGUGAUGCUUAUGAGCGGCAGCAGUGGAUGACCCAGCUUCAGCUCUGUGCCCGUCGCCAUUCAGAGGGCAGUGCCAAGGGCUGCUCUUUAUCCUCGACCUCCUCCUCCUCCACGGGCAGCCGGACCCGCAGCUGCUCCCUCCUCCCUCAUCCCGCUCCAUCUUGCUCCUCCACUGCCACCCAGAGGCAAAACCUCCCGCAUGGGCACGGGACCCCGAGCUCCAUCAUCACCAUCACCCACCACAAAUCACCCACGAGUGGGCACCGGGCCUGCAGCCACAAUCCUGCCCAUCUGCACCAUGUCAAAGAGGUCAUGUCUCAGGCUGAGGGCCAGCAGAAGAACCUACUGCACUCCAUUGAGUCUCUGCCGAGCCGUGGGCCUCUUUCCUCUCUCGAUCCAGACCUGCUGCUGCUCAAGGCUACGUCUGCAGCCACGCUAAGCUGUCUAGGAGAAUGCCUGAGCAUCCUUCAGCACAAUGUCUCCCAGGCAGCACGCAAUAUCACCACACACACACCAGGGCUGAGCACAGACAACAAUUCAGGCUGGUCUGUGGCAAAACCUGCAACAGAUGAGCCAGUGGAGAAUGGAUCAGUGAUGGGCCUUUCCAACUCCACCACUAACAAAGCAUCCUCAUCUCCAGCACACAGGAGCAGCAAGGAAGUGCACAAAGGUUCUGAGCAGCACUUCAAUGCAAAUGCAGUAGACCCCAGCGAGGAGAGCACAGACACUGAGGACAAUGAGGAAGAGGACCUGGGAGUGUUGGAUGAGCAAAGAAGUAUCAUUCUCCACCUGCUCUCCCAGCUCAAGCUGGGCAUGGACCUCACACGGGUAGUACUCCCUACCUUUAUCUUGGAGAAGCGCUCUCUGCUGGAAAUGUAUGCUAACUUCAUGGCCCAUCCCGAUAUGUUCCUGGCCAUCACAGCCGGAACAACACCAGAAGAGCGCAUUGUGCGUUUCGUGGAAUAUUACUUAACUGCCUUCCACGAGGGACGCAAAGGCGCUGUGGCCAAAAAGCCUUAUAACCCCAUACUUGGUGAGAGCUUUCUGUGCAGCUGGGAUGUCCCGUGUGAAAGAGUACGGCCUCUUAGGACCAACACUUCUGUCACUGCGCCUUCAGCCACACCGCCAAGCUCGGCCAAUCCCACUCACUGCUACCGGCUACACUUUGUGGCUGAGCAGGUCUCACACCAUCCUCCGGUCUCAGGGUUCUACUGUGAGUGUAAGGAGCGGGGAAUGUGCGUCAACGCCCAUGUCUGGACCAAGAGCAAGUUCAUGGGCAUGUCUGUAGGCGUGUCUAUGGUUGGAGAGGGGGUACUGCACCUUUUGGAGCAUGAAGAACAGUACGUGUUCACACUACCCUGUGCCUAUGCCCGCUCUAUCCUCACUGUGCCAUGGGUGGAGCUCGGAGGAAAAGUGACCAUCAGCUGUGCCAAGACUGGCUACUCUGCCACCGUCACCUUUCACACCAAACCCUUCUACGGGGGAAAAGUACACAGAGUGACGGCUGAAGUCAAGCACAAUCCCACCAGCACCAUUGUGUGUAAGGCUCAAGGCGAGUGGAACGGUACCCUGGAGUUCACAUAUAGUAGUGGAGAAACCAAAGUGAUUGACACAUCAAAACUGCCAGUCAUUAAGAAGAAGAUCCGCCCACUGGAAAAGCAGGGCCAGGAUGAAUCCCGGCGUUUGUGGCAGCAUGUGACCGCAGCGCUCAAGGCUGGAGACAUCGACACAGCCACAGAGCGCAAACACCAGCUGGAGGAAAGACAGCGCAGUGAGGAGAAGCAGCGAGCGUCCAUCAACACCGCCUGGGAACCCAAGUACUUCAUCAAAGAAGGAGAAGGCUGGGUCUAUCACAAUCCUCUGUGGAAGACUAACUGUUGAGAAGAGAAAGUAUUGUGAGCUAGCUGUCCCGUCACAGAGCCCUGCCCACUGAUGGGCGGGGCCAGACAAGAAGAGCGCUUCCCAGCCAAUGGAAGCGCAAGAAUCGGACUUCACAGGAGCAGGAAAGAGCCUUACCUUUUCCUCCGAGUGAUAAAAGGUGCCAAAAAAAACCCCCAAAUAUUCCAACCCAAAAGAAGAGCGAUCCAGUGCAGCAGCUCCUUAAAGAACGGUCUCACGGAUUCUGAAGAAUCCUCCGACUGGAGACGUGGAGGUCAAACAGUACACAAUAGAAAUAUUUUGCAUCCUUCUUAUCUUCCUGAAAUUAAUUAUAUUCUUCCAGCCAUGCUUCCUGAAAUAUCAGCACUCAAGCUUCCUUAAACUGAACACCCUGGACACUUUAAACAAUAACAGACAAUGAUAUAUGUUCUGAAAAUAUCAGUCCUGAUCAACCACUUCAAGAGAGGAUGCGUUAAAGAUGCAGCCAAAUGGGGCAAAAGCCUAUUUUUUUGACCCACGACUGCAUGUUAAAGUGAACAUAUGGGCUUGUGUGAAAGCACUGAGCAUAGCAUUAAUGUCUGAUGUAAGUAGUCGUGAAAGUGACUGUAAUAGAUCUCUUUGCAUAAGUGUUCUGGUUAUCGGUUAUAAGAGAAGAUUAAACUUGUAGCUCUUGAAGUAGCUGCUCAUAACA